AUGUCCCUCCACCCAGAAGCAUAUCUUUCUAUAUUGAACGUUCUCGGGGUUGCCGCCGUCAUCAUUGGUUUGCUCCUCCUUGGAAGACCCAGAAGGACGAACCCUUUUCCAGUGGUGAACAGAACGAUGCCGUUUGAUAUUCUCUCUCUGCACUCCAAGUGGCAGUUCUGGACGAAUGCUCGAGGCCUGAUUAGAAAUGGGUUGAAAGAGGCUGACGCGCUUUGCAUGAUCACGAGCCUCGGCGAGAAAGUCGUCCUCGCUCCCAAAUAUGCCUCGGAGCUCAGGAGCCACCCGUCCUUGAGCCUGAGGGCUGUGAUCUUCGAGGAGAUGCAGUCAGGCAUCCGGGGAUUCGAGCCGUUCGCGUCCCAGGCUACGUGGGAUGUCGUGAUGGAUGCAAUUCGAACAAGGCUCACCAAGAACUUAGGAACCAUUGCAAAGCCGUUGUCCGAGGAAACGGCACAGGCACUCGAGGCCAACUGGACGAAUGAUACCGAGUGGCAUACCCUCCCCCUCGGACCGACCGUAGUCAACAUCGUUGCUCGAAUGUCCGCCCGAGCCCUCCUGGGCGAACAUCUCGCGCACAACGAGGCCUGGGUCCGGUUAUCCAUCAACUACACCAGAGACUCCUUCAUAGCAGCGACCAUCCUGCAGCACGUUCCCCGAGUCUUACGCCCCCCCCUCGCAGCCCUGCUCCCCGCCUGCCGGAAACUCCGGCACCAGCUCGCCAACGCAGGCAAGAUCAUCCGUCCGCUGGCGCAGGAACAGCGCAGCCAGACAACGGGAAAGGGGAGAAGGCCCAGCGAUAGUCUCACAUGGAUGGACGAAGUCGCCAAGGGCCGCGCCUACAACCCGGUGCAUGGGCAACUGAUCCUCGCCUGGGCAGCGGUGCACACAUCGUCCGAUUCGCUCUCGCAGGUCCUGCUCGAUCUCAGCGGUCGCGAGGAGCUUAUCCAGGCGCUGCGUGACGAGAUCGCCGCCGCCCUCGCGCGGAACAACAAUACCUGGGACUCGGCGCUUCUGGCGGACUUGGUUCUCAUGGAUAGUGUGUUGAAGGAGAGCCAGAGGCUGAAGCCGUUGUUGGUCGGGGACAACGCUCUGCGUCUCCAACGAGGCAAUGUGGGACGGCAACACGUAUCCCGCGCCACACACGUUCGACGCGUACCGAUUCGUGCGCCUGCGCCUGCGACGCCAGAGCGAGAGCCAGAGCGAGAGCCAGGAUGCGAGUGCGACUUCGACGUCGGCGCAGUUUGUCUCUCCAUCGCCCGAACACAUGGGCUUCGUAUUCGGAAACCAGGCGUGCCCCGGGCGGUUCUUCGCGGCCGCCGUGCUCAAGGUUGCUCUGUGCCACAUCUUGCUCAAGUACGAUCUUGCUCUGGUUCCGUCGCGGGCGGCCACGGCCAGGCUGGCUGA